CUCGCGGCGCCGCGUCCUUCUCACAUUGGCGCAUGCGCACCGGCCCAGAGCUUUGUUAUUGCAUUUCACUAUGGCGCUUAGCAAGACGUUUGGACAAAAACCUGUCAAAUUUCAGCUGGAGGAGGAUGGAGAUUUUUAUAUGAUUGGGUCGGAGGUUGGAAACUACCUUCGUAUGUUCAGAGGCUCCCUCUACAAGAGAUACCCGUCACUAUGGAGGAAACUGGCCUCGGUGGAGGAGAGGAAGAAGAUAGUAGAGUCAUCACACGAUCACGGUUACACCACGCUGGCCACCAGUGUGACGCUGCUGAAGGCCUCGGAGGUCGAGGAGAUCUUUGAAGGAAACGACGAGAAGUACAAAGCCGUGUCCAUCAGCACAGAGCCGCCCGCCUACCUCAGGGAACAGAAGGCGAAGAGGAACAGCCAGUGGGUUCCCACUCUGCCCAACAGCUCCCACCACCUGGACGCCGUCCCCUGCUCCACCACCAUCAACCGCAGCCGACUGGGCCGCGACAAGAAGAGGACUUUCCCCCUGUGCUUCGACGAUCACGACCCAGCGGUGAUCCAUGAAAACGCCACCCAGUCCGAAGUUCUGGUUCCCAUCCGGCUGGACAUGGAGAUCGAGGGACAGAAGCUCAGGGACGCUUUCACCUGGAACAUGAACGAGAAGCUGAUGACGCCCGAGAUGUUCGCUGAGAUCUUGUGCGACGACCUGGACCUGAACCCGCUGGCCUUCGUCCCCGCCAUCGCCUCCGCCAUCCGGCAGCAGAUCGAGUCGUAUCCGACAGACAGCAUCCUGGAGGAGCAGACGGACCAGAGGGUCAUCAUCAAGCUGAACAUCCACGUGGGGAACAUCUCGCUGGUGGACCAGUUCGAGUGGGACAUGUCGGAGCGCGAGAACUCUCCGGAGAAGUUCGCCCUGAAGCUCUGCUCCGAGCUCGGCCUGGGCGGAGAGUUCGUCACCACCAUCGCCUACAGCAUCCGAGGCCAACUGAGCUGGCACCAGAGGACGUACGCCUUCAGUGAGAACCCGCUGCCCACGGUGGAGAUUGCCAUCAGAAACACGGGAGACGCCGACCAGUGGUGCCCCCUGCUGGAGACGCUGACAGACGCAGAGAUGGAGAAGAAGAUCAGAGACCAGGACAGAAACACAAGGCGAAUGAGGCGGCUGGCGAACACGGCGCCCGCGUGGUAGACGGCGGCGUGGGCGCCCCCUGCAGGCCGGUGCUCGUACGGCGAGGCGUGAGGCUGACGCGAUUCACAACGUCAACAGCAGCAACGACGAAGACGUUCCUCCAGCUCGCUGCCGCUCCAUGAGGUUUUCUGUACGGACCGACCGCGUCCUCAGUCAGACCCCCCACCCCCACCCCCACCCCCCAAAACAAAUCCCUACAGUUUGUUUGUUUGUUAUUAUUCUUACUGUUAUUAUGAUCAAUAUUGGCGAAGCCCCGUUGAAAUUGUCCCUGCUGGUGCUCCCUGACGUCCCGCAGCGUGGAGCCGCUGUUCUCACUUCGACCACUGACUCUGUUUACCGACCGGAGGGGAGAAAACACACAGCCACUCUCAGAUAAUAUAUUGUUAUGUUGUAUUUGUUGUCUUUUUGUACAUUUUAAUAAUUCUUACAAAAUAAAAAGUCAUUGAGCUUCA